GGUCGGUGACACUCGGAGAGGAGCUAGACAGAGAGAAAGGAGGAGACGCGAGAGAAGGAGCCAGUGGCAGGAAAAGGGAGCGAUCAGGGUUUGUGACAUAAAAGGGAGGCGCUGCAUACUCCCGAAGGCACUACAUUAGUUAGUGACGAUCCACCAGAACAGGAGGACUCGUGCAUUGUGUCCGAGGAGCUGUGGUUGCGACAUGAGGGGAGAGUGAAGCUUUCAUAGCUGCAUUGCAGUCCCCUCCAGCAAAAGGACAAACGAACCGGCUGGCUCUUGCGCUGGAUUGAACACAGUCUUUGUAGCUGCUGUGCCGGUUGUACAAGCCUGCACAUUAAUUUUGAAGUGACAUUAUCUCAUCAAAAGCUUUUGGUAAUCGGUGUUCCGGUGCUGCAUCCUAUGAAACAGAGGACCAUCUGAUUGGUAAGAGGAUCCGAGCAUUGAGCAUACAUGGCGGCGUCCUCCCUGUGCAGAAAUGCGGCCUUUGAUCUUUGCGCCCCAACGCAGACCCGGCAGAUCGAAAGCGGAAGCAGAAUUGCCGGUUGCUUUGCUUCCUGCACAAGUAACAUCGUUCCACAGACUCAACGAUCAAAGAAGGAUGUACGUUUGAAUGCGAGGAAAGUAGCAGCAAAUGCAGAGGUUUUGGGUGCUUCUGCUACUUAUGGUGGAGCCGCGAGGAGAUGGAGAGCUGCCGAUUUUGUGCCAAGGCGCACAAUGCAAGAAUCCGCAAGAGGGACGUGUGUAGCUGCAUCGAAGGAUGGUUCAGAGGUUGUGCUUGAGUGGAGAGGAAAUGCUGACAAAGUCCUGCUUACGGGAUCGUUCCUGGAGUGGGACAAGAAGGUGCCCCUUGAAAAGGCGGGCGAAGGGGUGUUCAAGGUUAAAUAUACGCUGCCACCUGGCGCUCACCAGUACAAAUUUCUGGUGGACGGAGAGUGGCAGCAUCGGAAAGAUGUUGACACCGUCCCGGACGGCAUUGGAGGGGUGAACAACCAGGUGGUUGUGGAGGGUGAGCAAAGCGGCGAGAAUGGAGACCAACCCUCCACCCCCACCCCCGACGAACUCCAGGCAAUCGCAGUGAAGGCGCCACCCCCGGGAGAGAAGCCAGAGCCCAUCGAGAAGACGGUCGCGAAGGUUAUGGGAAACGAUGACAAGAAGAAAGCAUCAGAGGAGAAGGACGAGACUGCCCCCGCACCCAAGCCCGCUGCGAAACCCGCUGCAAAGCCAGCUGCUAAGGCGGCUGCCCCGGCCGCAAAGGAGGCUGACAACGGGGCGCCGACCGCAGGUGCCGCUCCGACGCCAAAGGCCAAGCCCGCCGCAAAGGGCAAGGUGGCCGGGAAGAAGGCGGGCAAGGCACCCGCCAAGGCGCUCAACGAGUUGAUGAACGAGGACGUGGUCCCUAUGCUGUCGGCGGAACUAGAGAAGGAGAACGUGACGGACGUCGAGCUCGUGUGGGAGAACAACGAGCUCCGAGGCUGUUUCGUGAACGGAGGUGUGCCGUACUGCUUCUGGGCCUUCUUUCCGGAUGGCAAGAUAGAAGGCUCUCGAGGAUUUUCGUUAACCAGCCACGGUUAUCCGCCUAGCACUAUUGAACCGUUCUUCGAUGGCGAGAAGCCUCAGGCUAUGUCAGCAGACAUGAUGGUCUUCUGGAUCAAGAAGCGUCUCUUCGCACAAAAAAGCGCGCUCCCAAAGCUCAACUAGUCUGCGCAUAGCGGGUCCAUGUUUUUGUAGCUUUGAACAACGUCACCUGGCACCACUUAGCUGCUGGAAUGUCCCUCGUGUUGCCUGAGUUCCAAGCACAAACAGGUGAAUUGCAGAGGUAUCCUCAAUUCUGUUUUCGUGAGAGGUUGAAUGUAGGCCUGCCCUCAUUCAUCAAUUCGUAAAGGUCUGACAGAUCCAUCCAGUCUUCACAUGCAAGACAUGAGUCUGUUUCUACAGAAAACAAGUUUUUCCAAGCGCAGCAUUUGCUGCUUCGAGCUCGACAUAUGGUUGGUCGAUCAAGAUAACGUGUUUGAUCUCUG